AUGAAAGAGCAAGCAGAUUAUAAAACGUUCCAUCGAGGAAUUGGAGAACCGGGGUCUGCGGUGAACAAAAUUGAUAACGAUUAUGAAAACAACAACAGAAAAGUGAUGAAGAAGUGGAUAAAGAACGAUGCUGCAGAUGACACGGAAUUUUUCAGCGUCGAUCAGGUGCCUCCACUCUUUCGAGAACCGUUCAUACUUACUGCCUACAGAAAGUGUAACACGACAGCCUGGUAUUGUUUCAAGAGCCUCUUUCAAGCCACCAACGAAACUAUAAACAUUUGGAGCCAUUUAUUGGCACUUGUUGUGUUCUUACUACGUUUUGCGUCAAUAUUCGCAAAACACGACCCCUUCAAAGAUUCACGGGUUUAUCCACUACUGUGCUUCGCGGUUGGGAUCUCUGUUAUGUUGCUUAUGAGCGCGGGCGCCCACUUGUUUAACUGCAUGUCUAUCAAGGCCCGUUAUGUGUGCUUCUUCUUUGAUUACUCCGCUAUUAGCGUGUACACUUUCACCGCUGGUCAAGUUUUCUACUUCUAUUCCCGCCCCGUGGAAGCAGACUGGGUGAUUUUUAAUACCCCUGCCAUUUUUCUGGGAAUUUCAGCCACCAUCUCCUUCGCCUCUACCCUCGCAUGUUGUUACUCGUUUGCCAAAAGGAACCGCUUUGAUGCCUUUGUCAAGGCUGGUACUUACAGUAGUUCUUGGCUGUACAACACUUCGCCUUAUUUAUCAAUGCUCCUGCUGUGUGAGCCGGCAUCAACGUGCAGCAGUGUUUCAUCCAUUCACUACUUCGCCCGCCACUGUUUGUUCUACGCGGGAGGUGUUUUAGCUUAUGUCACUCGCAUCCCAGAGCGACUUAUGAUUGGCGCGUUCGACGUCUUGGGCCAUAGCCAUCAUUUCCUUCAUAUUCUGUGCUGUAUUGGGGUAGCAGACGAGUUCUCCGCCAUGGAGCUUGAUAUGGUACAGAGAAGGCCAUCACUGGAGAGUUUCCCUGGUCCGACAUUUUCAAAUACCAUUUUGCUGACAACUGGGGUGAUUCUUGGAAAUAUCAUAGCAGUAUUGUGGUCCGUCAUGAGAUUGAAGCUGCACAAAGAAUAA